AGCCCUUUCCCCAACCUCGCGAGGCCCACGGUGGAUGAGUGCUGGGCCGCGAGGGACGCGCUUGCGAAGCUCCACAGCUCCUUCUUCCAGCAGUUCGAGACCCAGCAGGCGGCAGGCGGUGAUGCAAUCGGCCCGGGGAAGACCGUACUCGACUCGUUGGUGGGCACGAUCCUCUCGCAGAACACCACGGAUACUAACUCCCACCGCGCAUUCGCCAUCCUCAAGCACCGGUUUCCAACCUGGGAGCAAGUCCGAACCGCGAAGCCGGCGAAGGUUGAGGACGCCAUCAGAUGCGGCGGCCUCGCGGAGGUCAAGGUGAGCCGCAUCCAGGUGAUACUCAACACGCUGAAGGAGGAACGCGGCGAGUGCUCCAUGGAGUACCUCCGAGACAUGUCCGACGACGACGUUAAGGCCGAGCUCAGCCGGUUCAAGGGCGUUGGCCCCAAGACGGUGUCGUGCGUGCUGAUGUUCUGCUUGAAGCGCCCAGACUUUCCCGUGGACACGCACGUGUGGAAAAUUGCAAAGGACCUCGGGUGGAUUCCCAAGGGCGCCGGUCGCGAGGAUGCGUACGAGCACCUCAACCGAAGGGUCCCCGACGACUGCAAGUUCGACCUCCACGUGCUCCUGGUAGAGCACGGCAAGGUGUAUAG